AUGUCGAUGUCAAAAAACAUUGGAGGAGCGUCGGUAGUAAUUGCUUCAAGUGCUGAAAUAAUACAUGAAGUGGGUCAAUUUGCAGGAGAAAGACGUUUUACUGGCGAAUUAGCCAAAGAGACCAUUAAAGUUAUGGGGAACCUUGCAGAUGCUGUUGGUCCUUACCUACCUUUUGUAUCUAUUGUUAUCGGAGAAUUUAAUGAAUGUUCCGAUAUUUUGAAUUUGGCAAUUUCUAUUGCCACAAAAGAACAAAUGGAUAAGGACUUUACAAUUUUACAAAAUGAUAUUGUUGCAAUGAAAAAGUUUUUGGAUGAUAUUGAAGGCGGUGUUACAUCUAUUGAAAAUAAAACCGAUGAAAUCAAGGAAACUACUACUCAUAUCCUUAACGAAAAUAACGAAAUUAAGAUUAUAGUUGAAAAUAUUCAACAACAAAAUGACAAAAUUUUAGAACAAAACAAACAGCUUUUAGGAUUUAAAGAUGGACAUAUAUCACUUAGUUUCGGUUCGCUCAAUGAAGAAAUUGAUUCCAUCUCUUCAUUCAGCAAACAAGUAAAUGGACAAAAUUCUUUACAAGUAGAAGCUAAAAGAAUCAAACCUUCAGAAAUUCGUGAUGCGCAAGACGUCGUUCUACGUAAAGGCAACAGAGUAACAGUUCUAAAAAAAAGUUUUACCGCAUUGGAUGUUGCUUGCAAACCGAUUGCUACGAAUAAUAUGCAAAAAAUUCAGAAACAUCUUGCUAUUUUGGGAAAGUUACACGCUUGUCCAUAUAUUAUUAAAUUUCAUGGAGUAUCAGAAUUAUCUGAAAAAAAUUAUGUAAUGGUUUUUGAAUGGGCGGAACUAGGAACUUUAAAAGAAGUUUAUCAGAAUUUUAGUCUUGGAUGGGAGGAAAAGAUUACUAUUGUAAGAGAUAUCUGUCGUGGAUUAGCCUUUUUACAUGCAGUGGAAAUUUUGCACCAUGAUAUUCGAUGCGAAAACGUGUUAAUGACUGAGAAAAUGCAACCCAAACUUUGUAAUUUCAAAUUUGCUCGUGAAAUUAACGAAGUUACCAGUCAGAUCGAUGAUAUGAAUGCUAUAAUACAUUGGUUAGCACCAGAAAAGUUAAACAGUUAUGAUCGUGAUCCGAAAAGUGGUAGGGAAACAUUGGAAUUUGGAUUAACCCAAAAUCCACUUCAAGUUGGAUAUGGUGAAAUUAUUAAGCUCGCUUGGCAACAAGAACCAUCAUUACGUCCAGGAAUUCAACUUCUCUUCAAUAUGAUGAAUGAAUUAUUUCAGAAAUAUAUAUUAAAUAUAAUUUCUCCGAUAGUACGUUGUGAAGAUGAUGACCAACAAGACUUAAGUAUCCCUGAUGAUAAUUUUUCUAUUUCUACACCAGUUACACCAUUACUUACGGUCAAAGAAGGUUUACAAGCUCACAAAGCACAUGAAUAUGAAAAGGCUUGGGGAUGUUUCAAAGGGAACGCCGAAGUAGGAGAUAUAUUGGCAAAAUAUUGGUGCGGGUAUUAUUAUCUGGAAGGCAGGCAUGUAGAAAAAAACAAGAAACAAAAUCAAAAUAUUGAUAGUAGAAAGUUCAUGGAAUAUUUAAAAAUGGCAGCUGAUAAUAAUAAUGCUACCGCUCUUUAUAACCUUGGCGAUGUAUAUUUUUCAGGUAAACUUAAUUUUGAAAAGGAUACACAAAAAGGUAUUAAAUAUUUAAGACAAGCUUGUUUGUUUGGUCAGUCUAAAGCAGUAGAAAUUUUGAAAAAACAUAAUAUAAAUAUAUAUGAAUGA